AUAAUCUUUGGUAGUAGCACUUCAACUCGACUGAAAAGGAGAGAAACGAAAGCAGUUUGGAAAUUACUGAGAGAGGAGGGUGGAAACAGAAGGGGGACAAGAGGGGGUAUUUUUGGAUUAAAUUAAUGACCUUAGUCACCGGGACUUUAGGAUAACGGGCUCCUACGAACGAGUGGGUAGCCCAGUGCGGCGUUUGAUGGAAUAGUUGCAGACAAUUGCCUUUCUCCUCCGGUGGUGCUGAUCGAAACAAGGGCGAGGAGGGGGACCUCGAAACACGCUCCCCAAGAGGAGUACCGCAGGCUUUUUGGAGGGCCUAUUCGAUUUCCUUGGUCUAUCAACAGCCCCCGCCCCUCUGACCCGGAAUUUAAUAGAAAUCGAUAGGAAUAAGAAAUCGUUAAUAUUAACAUUUUGUGACAGCUACAAUUAAGAAGUAUACGGCUUGUCAUACAAUUUACUUUCAAAACCUUUGGGUACACAUUUGAACUUGGAUGCCUCAAACUCUGACCAAUAAGUUAUUAGCAGCAAUCCUCAUAGUUAGAAUAGGCUUAUUGUUGCCAGUUUACUUGAGGACUCCCGUGUUUGGCCGACACAUUCUUUACGCAUUGAUUUGAUCCUGACAAUGCUCAGGGUGAGCUUCAUAUUUCACACCAUGUCCAUUGAUUGUUAGUUGCAGGGUUACGCCUGGUUAAGCAAAUAAAUCGGGUUGAAAGCUGCAUGGUUUUGACAUUAAGGAAGUAAUACGGGACGUACUGAAGAACACAACCAGUUUUUUCAUUUGAAAAGGAAUAUUUAUGCACUGUUUUCAUGAUGGGGAAAAUGCUUUCGAAAAUCUUUGGCAACAAGGAGAUGAGAAUAUUGAUGCUUGGACUUGAUGCUGCUGGAAAGACCACCAUCCUUUACAAACUGAAACUUGGACAGUCAGUCACCACAAUUCCCACUGUUGGUUUCAAUGUCGAGACUGUCACCUACAAAAACGUAAAAUUCAAUGUAUGGGACGUUGGAGGCCAAGAUAAGAUCCGUCCCCUGUGGCGACACUACUAUACGGGCACUCAAGGGUUAAUCUUUGUUGUGGAUUGUGCAGACAGAGAUCGCAUCGAUGAGGCGAGACAGGAACUCCAUCGCAUUAUUAAUGACCGUGAAAUGAGGGACGCCAUCAUCUUGAUUUUUGCCAAUAAGCAGGACCUGCCAGAUGCCAUGAAGCCGCAUGAAAUCCAAGAGAAACUAGGAUUGACCCGCAUCAGAGAUAGGAAUUGGUAUGUUCAGCCCUCCUGUGCGACCACGGGAGACGGACUAUAUGAGGGGUUGACAUGGCUAACAUCAAAUUACAAAUCUUAAUGAUUGAGUGAUGACUGUUUUUAGAAUUUAUUAUUUUUUUUACUUUGAAGUUAAAUAACUUUACUUCUAAAAUGAAUACAAUAAAGAAGAUUUGAUUUAUCCAUU